GGGAAAGAGGGUGAGAACCGAUUGACAUUUGCCAAGGCCAAUCGAUGGGCAAUUGGACAAAGCCUUCAAUGGAAAUGAAGCUGUUGAAUGCGGGUUUAAGAAGGGGGGCAUAAACAGAAAUUGGUCGAAAAACCCUGCAGGUGUCGCAGCUUCUGCACAGAGAAAGAAGAGUUAACGUUUCGAAUUCAGUGAGGUUUCUUCAGAAGUGAGAGAUGCCAUUUGAUUCACGUAGCCGCCCAUUCGAGGCUUGACCGCCAAAGACAGUCUGACGAUCGAGGGCGGGACUUUGCGUGUUGAUUGCUAUCGGCUCUUACCAAUCGGAAAGGUGGAUAGGAAUCAUCUCUACAAUGAAUAAGCAGGAUUGUUGAUUGACAAAAUGUAGACCAACCAAGAUGGCGCACCGGAUGAUGCCGUCCAAUAAAGCCGCGCGGAUUACGGAGGGUGGGACCAGAGGUGCUGAUUGACAUCCAUCUUGUCCAACCACCCUGCGUGUCCCGGAAGGCACCCGUCCAAUGGAGCAGGGGGUGGAGAGUGAUAGACAUCUUUCUUGGCCAAUCGCUGCGGAGACAAUGUGUUGCCGUUGGAGACGCGGGCCGUCGGCGGAUGUGGAAAAGGCCGCGGCAGUAGUGAGGGUUUGGCCUGUGCUGUGAGGGUGGUAGAGGGACAGGGUGGGUAAACCUGGGGAAAAGUGGAUCCCGGCCCUGAGCUUCCAGGGAAAAGCUGUCAAUCAAACCCUUGGAGGGAGUUUUUGGGGGGAGGGGAGAGAUCCUUCCCACUUGCUUCUUGCAUUGCAACUUCAAUAACAACUGAGGGGGAAAGAGAUGAAAAGCAUCUAAAAAAAAUGCUGGCAAACUGAUCAUAAAUUCUUGUUGCACGUGCACUGCAUUGAUACUAUCUGUUUUGAUAUCAGUAACAAACUCCCUCUCAUCACACAAAGAGACCAAAAAAAGAAAAUUAAGCAUUUUAUCUUAGUUUUGGGGUGACCCAUCUUCAAGUUUGCACAAAGUAAGGGGGCAAUUGUGGUGCAAUCUUGUUGCAUAACAUCAGAUCACACCAGUAUUGGGUUGUUAAAGUGGAGCUGGAGGGUUGUUCGUUGGUUGAACAGUUGGUUGUGGGAUUGGGGAGUGGUAAAGAAGAUCAUUUCAGGUCCCCCCUCACUUGAAAUUGGGGAAGUACCUUGGAUCAGGCGUUGGCUAUCCCUGUGUCACACGUCAGGCUGUUUGGCAUUGAUCGGUUCGAAUUUGGGCCCAUCUUGGGUUCUGGAAAUCUGCUAAGAGAGUUUACCCUUCCUUCUGCAAAGUCCCUGGGCUUAGGAAUUGUUUCUCUCCUGACUGUUGGAACACCAGCAGGAUGACCUCAGCGUCAACCAAGGUGGGCGAGAUCUUUUCGGCAGCUGGUGCCGCCUUCACCAAGCUUGGAGAGCUGACCAUGCAGCUGCACCCAGUGGCUGACUCCUCACCGGCCGGUGCCAAGUGGACAGACACGGAGAUUGAGAUGCUGCGUUCGGCCGUGAAGCGCUUCGGAGAGGAUUUAAACAAAAUCAGCACCGUCAUCAAAGACCGCACCGUCGCCCAGAUCAAGACCACGGUCAAGCGGAAGGUCUACGAGGACAGCAGCGUUCCCCUCCCCUCGGAGUCUCCCAAGAAAAUGCAGAAGAAGGCGGCAACGGUGGGGGCAGCAGUCUCGGCGCCAACCACACCACCGGCUGCGCCAGCGGCAGCAGCCGUCGUGGGGAACACGCCACCCACAGACCCAUCGGCUGUCAAGAAACAGAAGGCAUCUGACGUGACACUCAGUGCCCUCAAUGACUCUGACGUCAACAGCGACCUGGUGGACAUCGAAGGACUUGGAGAUGGAUCGCCAGCUAAGAAGCUCAACUUUGACCAGGACAGUCUGAACCUCGAUCCCAGUCUCAUCAUGAGCACCUCGGACAUCAUGCUCUUGUCUCGUUGAACCUUCACCUCCUCCUCUUUCUCUGUCUCUCCUCCACCAUUCAGUUUCUCCCUGACGGUCUCUCCAGAGAUGUGCUGCUUUGGACCGAUACCCGCUGGCUGAGUGAUCAGGACAACAGGCUCCCCAGUGAUGCCCAUCGCCACCUGGUCAUGCCUCCCCGAGAACAUCGUUCGUGACUUUUUAACCAGCUUUUACACCGGCAGUUCUGAGGGAUUUUGUUUUAGAAGUGUAGCAGGUAUUGAUGGAUUUCUUAAUAAAAGACAAAA